CUGACUUCUCCAAGACUGAAUUACACUUCAUGUGAGACAGGAAGUAAGAUUGACAAAUCACUUAAGUGAAAGGGUGGGAUAUACGUAGAUAAAACUAAGUAAAAUCCUGCUGAAGAAUCAUGGAGGAGGACAUCAGAAGAAAAGGGGUGCUUUACAUUCACCAGCAACGCUUUGGCAAGAGAUGGAGAAAGGUGUGGUGUGUGGUGGUGGCAGAAGGCUGGCGCAGUGUGGCACGAUUGGAGCUGUACGAGCACAAACAUAUGUCCUUAAAGGAGGGCUCCAGCAAACGCAAACCCGACAAACGAGUGAUCAGACUGAGAGAAUGCAUACGGAUAUCAGAAAACAACAUGGCUGACUGCCCCAAAGACUGUGCCACCUUUCUUAUGGAAACAUCGGAGAAACUUUAUGUGUUUGCUGCCCAAAAUUCAGAGGUGAAAGGCUGGAUCACAAGCCUGUGUGAGCAGGCAUUCCCAGACGUGCAGUCUGAUCAAAAAUUAACAAGACAGAAUAAUAUCUACCCUGAAUCUGCGAGCAGUUACCAGUCCAUGGAGAUGCAGGAAAACUCUCUCUAUGAAACAGCAGAGAUCGUUCGAGAUUAUCUGGUCAUAGCUGUGGGUACAGAGGCUGCGCUUCGGUGUAAUCUGUAUGGGGAAUAUAUCCUUACUCCACAGUCUGAUUGCUUACUCCUGAAGCACUGUAAAACUAAGGAGGUGCUUUUCAAAUGGCCAUACUGCUACAUCAGAAAGUUUGGACAAGAUGCGCUGUCUUUCUCUUUUGAGGCGGGUCGCAGAUGUGAGUCCGGGGAGGGGAAUUUUGAGUUUGCAACCCAUCAAGGUGAAAGGCUGUUCACUGUUGUCUGUGCAGCCAUCCAAAAUGUACCCAGAUCCUCCACAGCACAGCACAGCCGCCUUAGCCGUGUAGAUCAAAGUAUAGUCCAAGAAACUAUGGCAACAGAUGAAACAUAUGACAACACCACAGUCGCCCUAAGUCUUAAACAAUCUGACUGUUUACCUGUGGGCGAUAUGCAGAGAGCAGUUCAGAAACAGCGUUCACCGAUGCUCAACCCCACUUUGAGGAGCUUUUCUUUGAAUGCAACAGAGCUACAAUGCAAAAGUCAAGUGACAAGCAUCAAUAACAACCUUGAGAAUCAAGAACCAGUAUAUGCCAUAGUGUCAAAAGCUCAGCCAAAUCCUACUUCCUCUAAAAUGCACUGGCAAAACUUGAGAAAAGCUAUCCAUGAGACUGCAUCUUUUCGAGACUCUUUCAAGGCUGACUCUGACAUUUCACAGUCAUCUGCUCUUGCGUCCUUUCAUGAAGGGGGAUCACAUGAAGAGACAGUGACCGAAGAAGAUCUGACUGAUUUGUUGGGUGAUUCCAUCCAGCAAUUAGCAAUUAACGAUACAUUAAAAAACAUCAGUGCAGAAGCAAUUUACGCAGAGCCACAGGACUACCAGUUCAAAGCUGAGUGGGAUUUCAGCGCUGUUUACGAUGAACCAAAGGAGAUCAUCAUUGCCAAUCAAAGAGCUCACGAUGGGGCGGACCACACAGCUGAACAUGACUUUUUCUACAGUCCUGACACUGACCCUUCACAUGCCAUGGGGGCCCAAUCCAAUCCCAAUCAAAGUUCAGUUGAGACAUUUUCAACUCAUGACAACUUUAAGUUAAAGGGGAGGAGAAUAUAACAUAACGUGAUCAUUUCUUUAAAAUCAAAACUAAGGGGUAAUUUGCUACUAAUAAAUUGAUUGAUAAUUUAAUUGAUACCAUGGUUAAUUCUACUUGGUCUCAGAGAAUCAUGCUACUAUAACUAUGUUUUUGCAAAAUUACUUUCACGUGGCUCGUUGUACAUAGAGCAACAGUUUUCUGGUGAAAUAAACACUAGUUCACUUUCACACAAAUCAUGGAAAUCAUGGCAGAAUAUCAGUUUAUAAACACUUUUCAGUCUGCUCCUCACAAGAUGCUAUCUUAUCGCAUCUAAUCACUUUUACUAUAGCGCAUGAGUUGUAAGGCAAUACAUUUGAACAUUUGCAUUACAUAAACUACAUAUACAAGCUUGUUCAGUUGUGCCUGAUGGAGUGUUGCACUUGCAAUGCAAAAGAUAGUGAUUCUUAAGAGUCCUAAAGAACGCAUGAGUCAACAUGUGAGCCAAAAGUGACAAGGUUGCUUCAGCAAUUGCAUUCUUCAUAUCACACUUGCUUUUAUGACACCGUUGAUUAGAUUUAGGUUUAAGGUUUAGGGUAGGAAGUUUGGUUCCCCAUCUGGGGGACUUUUUGAAGGCCUCAGUUACCUCUGAACUUGAGAAAAGGCCAAUGAGAAAUUGGCAGACAGAAUUUGCAUGUCCCUUCCAUGGAUAUACAAGUAUAAAAGGAGGGAAUCAUGCGUCUGUCCAUUCAGAUUUUCUUCUUCGGAGCCGAGUGGUUGUGCGAUUAGCGAGCUGAGAUCACUUACUUUUCCACUCACCUCUGCAGAGCUUACGCUGUUGGAUCCUAUGGUGCAUAUCAGUGGCUUUCUCCUUCUCUGCACGGCAGUGCAGCUUGCUCCUGGGCGCUUUGACAGCGCUGCUAAAAGAGAAUAUUUGUAAAAUAGUUUAUUUUCUCUAAAAGAGCAAAUACACGGCUGACGUAGCAUGUCCUUUUCAGGACGCAUUUUUAUAAAGAUGCCCUUCCACCCCUGUGUAGUUCCUGAAUGCGGUCGAUUUCUCUCCGUUCCUUAUGGUCACAGGCGCUGCCUCUUGUGUCUUGGCAGCAAUCACACGCAUGUUCUCACUGCGAGAACCUCACCAUGGCAACUUUGCGGUCGUGGCUUUCCUUCUUACAGAGGAACUUCACUCCAGCCACCCCCCGCAUCGCUCAUUCUUCGCACGGGAUUGAGGAUGACCCGGCUGGCGAUGGAGGCGAUUUGGGGAUGGCAGCAGGCUCGGUUUUGACAGGUAGAUCCCCACGAACCACCCGUCCCCUGGCACGCUCGUUGACUUCAGUCCAAGCUUGAGGUGAGAGCGGAUCGCCUCACAGCCAGUCUGGUUACUCCCUCGUGCCCCCCGAGCUGGAUGAUGAGUUUGCCGCUGCAUCCGUCGUCUGACGUGGAAUACUCGACUGGACUGCCACCUUCGGGUCGGCAUGCCCAGUCUGAGGCUGACACCCAAAUGGCCAACAUGCUUGCUUGGGCCGCUGUCAGCUUGGGGCUGGACUGGAACUGUCCUCCCCAUAGCCUUCACAGCUAGACGACUGGUUCCUCGUGUCUGGGCACCACACACAGCCACGAGCCUCCCCGCCCCUCCCUUGUUCCUUUCUACCCGGAGAUGCAUGGUGAGCUGAUGAGGUCAUGGAGGGCACGUUUCACUGCCCACAACCGACCUCCUCACUCAUCCACUCUCACUACCCUCGACAGCGGGGCGGCCCACAUGUACUCGGAGGUCCCCCAGUUCUCACUUCCUAAUCUGUCGCGCUGGUUGGCCAGGACCAUCUGACUCGGCUACGUGAUUCAGUUCACCAGGCCUCUGCCUCCUUUCGGCAGCGUCUGCUUUACCUCGGUGCACAGCGAAGACGCCAACACCCUGCGUGCAGAGAUCGCGACCCUUUUACUCAAAGAUGCGAUAGAGCCUGUCCCUCCAGCCGAGUUGAAGAAGGGUUUCUACAGCCCUUACUUCAUCGUUCCCAAGAAAGGUGGCGGCUUACAACCGAUAUUGUACUUGCGAGUUUUCAACCGGGCCUUACACAAACUUCCGUUCAAAAUGCUCACGCAAAGACACAUUCUAACUCGCAUCCGGGAUCAAGAUUGGUUCGCAGUGGUAGACCUGAAGGAUGCGUACUUCCAUGUCUCUAUCUUGCCUCGACACCGACCCUUCCUACGGUUCACGUUCGACAUCCAGACGUAUCAGUACAAAGUCCUCCCCUUCGACAUGUCCCUGUACCCUUGCGUCUUCACGAAGGUUGCAGAGGAAGAACUUGCCCCGCUAAGGGAAGGUGGCAUUCACAUACUCAAUUACCUCGACUACUGGCUCAUCCUAGCCCACUCUCGAGAGUCACUAUGCGCCACAGGGACCAGGUGCUAAGGCACCUCAGCCGUCCAGGGCUUCAGGUCAACAGGGAAAAGAGCAAGCUUACCCCGAUUCAGAGUAUCUCUUUUCUUGGCAUGGAGUUUUAUUCAGUCUGAAUGACAGCGCGCCUCACCAAUGAGUCGGUGCUGAAAUGCCUCACCUUAUUCAAGCCAGACACAGCGGUCCCUCCAAAACAAUUCCAGAGGCUCCUGGGGCAUAUGGCAUCCUCCGCGGCGAUUGCACUACUGGGGUUGAUGCAUAUGAGAUUCAAGCUUCAGACUCGAGUCCUGAGAUGGGCAUGGCGCUGCGGCACGUACCGUGUGUUCCUUACCCCCAACUGCCACCAGAUUUCAACCCCUGGAUAGACCACUGUUUUCUGCGGACAGGAGUCCCCACACGUUCUGGUCAUCACAGAUGCCUCCAAACAGGGUUGGGGUACCGUAAGCAAUGAGCACACAGCCGCCGGCACCUGGACGGGGCCCCGGCUGGGUUGGCACAUCAACUGCCUAGAGUUGCUGGCUGUAAUCCUUGCCCUGCGGAGGUUUCUCCCACUAAUACGGGGCAAGCAUGUCUUGAUCCGAUCAGACAGCACCGCUACGAUAGCGUACAUAAAUCGCCAAGGCGUCGUGCGCUCUCGUUAUAUGUCAUAACUCGCCCGCCAUCUCCUCCUUUGGAGCCAGCAGCAACUGAGGUCGUUGCACGGCACUCAACCUCAACACGGCAGUGGACACACUGUUGCGACAAGGUAUGCUCAGUGGAGAGUGGAGGCUCCACACCCAGACGGACCAGCUGAUUUGGGAGCGGUUUGACAAAGCACAAAUAGACCUGUUCACUUCCUAAGAGACCUCCCAUUGCCUGCUAUGGUACUCCCUAGUGGAGUCUCCCCUCAGGACAGACGUGCUGGCACAGAGCUGACCCCAGGGGCCGCGGCUGUGUGCUCAUUGCUCACGGUACCCCGACCCUGUUUGGAGGCAUCUGCUAUGGCCUUAUUCUCGGCUCCUCAGUGCAAAACCUGAAUGGACAGACACAUAAUUCCCUCCUUUUAUACCGGUAUGUCCAGGGAGGGACAUGCAAAUUCUGUCUGCCAAUGUCUCAUUGGCCUUAUCUCAAGUUCAGAGGUAACCAAGACCUUCAAGAAGUCCCCUAGUGUCGCUUCACUCGACACAAUGUCUCAUUCCUUCCAUUGGGGAACGGAGGUUACAACAGUAACCUAGACGUUUUGAUGACUGGUUAUUGUGCUCUUUUACAUAAUUUUAUCAUCAUCUGAAAAAUAACUGCAGCCAUGAUUGUUAAAAAAUAUACACAUACAAAUUAUUCAGGGCACUGCAAUAUUUCAGCACAUUUAUCACCUGUUUAAACUGUAUUGCUAGUAGUGAGAUAAUAAGACGAAAUUUUUGGUGCUAAAAUAUUGCACACUAAAUUGACGCAAAUGUUUAGUGAAAAAACAACAGAAGCUCUUCUGCCAUUUCAUCUAUCAUGCCUUUCCCUUCAACAGCUCUUCCAGGAAAUCUUUGAUUGCUAGCCUGAGAAAUAUUGAAGAAAUCUGCUUGGCUGUAAUGGAACAGUAAUUAUUACAGUUAGUGGUACAUGCAUUGGUGGCAGUUGGGACUGGAGGGGAUCUUUCUCUCACAGACUGAUUUAAUUAACAGUGCAAGGGGACCAGCAGCUUGAAGCUGAUUGGGAUCCCGACCUGCCUGAGAAUGAAGAUGUCACAGCGUCCCAUUCGUCUCUCAGUCAUUCUCUCAGCAGAGACAGACACCUACUGUACCGGACCAGUGCACAAUGGUGUGGUGUGGAGAGCCUUAGUUUAAUUAAUUUUAUACUUAAAAAGUUUGUUUUCAUUUAAUCAGAGGAUGAUUAAUAUAAGUAAUCGUACAAAUUUUAAGUAGUAGUCAUAUUUUACUAAAUUAUGUAUUGAAAUCGAAUUAACAUGUUAUUGAGAACCAUUCCCAAUCUCUGAUGAUACCUAAGCAAUAAAGAGAUCAGCUGGUUAGCCUGUCCUGUUAGUCCCUACUGGCAAAUUAUGUAACUGUACCAUUAUGCUGCCCCCCAAAAAAGCCUGUUUUUCUUUUGUCAGCCAUUCAAAAUUAACCUGAUGAAAUAUUUUUUUUUUUCAAGCAUCAUAUUUAUCGCAAAUAUUUCAUUAUAUUAUAAUAGAUGUUAUACCAGUGCCUGAUUGUUUUAUCUUCAUAUUUGUAUUA